UUGUGGGAAGCAGCCGUGGUCUGAGGCGGGCACCUCACCUGUCAGCCGCGCGGGCUCCUGCGCUCGCCUCGCGCCCUCGUGACCCCCGCGCUCGCCGCUCGCCGCUCGCCGGGCGGCGGGCGGGGGCGGCGGAGGCCCGGCCACCAUGAUACAUUUCAUAUUGCUUUUCAGUCGACAGGGGAAAUUACGGCUGCAGAAAUGGUACACGACUCUCCCUGACAAAGAGAGGAAAAGGAUCACCCGGGAAAUUGUUCAGAUUAUUCUCUCUCGUGGUCAGAGGACAAGCAGCUUUAUUGACUGGAAGGAGCUAAAACUUGUUUAUAAAAGGUAUGCUAGUUUAUAUUUUUGCUGUGCUGUAGAAAAUCAGGACAAUGAGCUCUUGACACUAGAGAUUGUGCAUCGUUACGUGGAGUUGCUGGACAAAUACUUUGGAAAUGUCUGUGAGCUGGAUAUUAUCUUUAAUUUCGAAAAGGCUUAUUUUAUCCUUGACGAGUUUAUAAUGGGUGGAGAAAUUCAGGAAACGUCCAAAAAAUCUGCUGUCAAAGCCAUUGAAGAUUCUGAUAUGUUACAGGAGACAAUGGAAGAAUAUAUGAACAAGCCUACGUUUUAGCUAUGCAUCUACUUGAAGAGUCCAAGUGCUACAUGCUGGGAGCCUAUAAAUUAGCAAAUUCCUGGUGUCCAGUUCUUUGACAGAGCCCCCGGCAUCAUGCCAAAAAUAACCUAAAAGGGAUUCUUUGUUAACUAGCAAAGGGUUGUUUAACAUAAUAUAUUUAUCAUUAUUACAUAUCUGUAUUAUACUGUAUAUACCUACUUAUUGUAGUCUGGAUGUUCAAAUAACUGCUUCGUGACUCAACUGACUGAAUAUUUGUUUUGCAGUGUUUGAACCCGUGUGAUAUUUUUAAGCUAAUUUAAAUAAAUGUGUCACAAUAUGUUUUUUGUUGCAUUUGAUCCUCUACUGACAACUGAAAAGUGCAUUGUAAUAACCCCUGAUUUUGAAUGUAAAAUAUAUGUUAUAUCAAUAAUUCUUUUCUAAAUGUUUAGCUUUUUAAAUUUUGUAAUAAUUCCAAGUUUUGUUAAGAGUUCAGAGCUCAUACAUAAUGCUAGACAUUUUUAAUAUGCUUAGUAAAAUGUAACUUCAGUCCAGAUACAAUGUAUCUGAUUUUAAUGUCCUAAAUUCAUUUAUUUUUUCAGGGUUGGAAUUAAGGAAAAUAACCAAAGGCAAUAAGGGACUUAAAUGGUUUUGAUGUCUUAGAAGCGGCCAUCUAGUUGAAGUUUUAAUUUUACCUUUUAGUUGAAUAUUAAGGGCAUUCCGAUAAGGCUGUGUUUCCUACAAACUCUGUGUAUUUAAUAAGGAUUUGAGACUUCAGAGAUACAGUGUCUGUGACUUCUCUUACUAUAAAAAUAGUAUAAUGAAGACUAAUACCAAUAGUAGUAAUUAUUAUUACUACUAUGAUUUUAAUAAUUUUUGAGGUUCCAAGCACUCAUUGCUUGAGAGAUUUUGCUUCAAAUAUGUUUUAUUGUAUGCCUACUGUAUUAGAAGACUUAUUGUUUAUUAGACUUAGAGAAUUGAAUAUUAUUACAGCCUAUAUGGUAGAUGCUCUUCCUUCUUUUUUAUUUCCUCAUGCCCCAAAUUUUGCUGCUGACCAUUAUUAUGGUGAGUAUGUUGCAUUUGUGCUUCCUGGAAUGAAAGCUCUAUAUAACCAGGUAGUAAAUGUGAUCAGGCAUUAUAGGAAAAUAGUUCGUCAUACUCUGUCUUGAUGUCCCACUUCUGAUGUCCUGUCUGUGCAUUUUUAAUGUUAGUUUUGAGGUCUGGUAUGAUUCCUGUUGGAGUGGUUAGGAGCCCCUUAGUGUUUUUCCUAUGAGAAGAGUAUGCUUGCUGUUGUAUUCUUUCUCUAGAAGAUCCUAUAUGGUAGAUCUUUAGAGAACAUGAAGGAAAAAUGUCCUCUUUGAGGGAAAAAUGUCCUCUUUGGUUCAUCUUGCCAGAUAGAUUUAGGGGAAAAUAACAAGACAAGACCACAAGAACAGAAAAAAUAAUUGAUCAAUUCCUCAAUAGAGCCAUUACUAAAAUGAAAUAACUCAAAUUAGAAUGUGAAGGAAUUAUUGGGCUUUUAAUACCUAAUAUUUACUCAAAUUAAUCAUGUGAUUACAAUGAUGGCAUGGCUUGAAGUUUAGCUGUCAUUUUUGAUCACUUAUGUUUAUUUUAUGUCUUCAGAUUUGUGGUUUCACUUUUUUGUUGUCAAUAUGGUGGAACUCUUUAUUUUUAAAAAGUUUUGUAGAGAUGGACUUUAUAUAAAUCAACACAGUUUUUCUGGUUCCUUUGAAGUUUUCCACCAUUUUGGGGUGAAGGUAUUUAUUCAUGUAUUCUUUCAAAUUGGAUACUUCCACAUUAGGCACUGUUGAGCUGUAUGGAGGGCUUUUCAGACUCCAUGUCAGUGUCUCACCUAGAAAAUGAACAUAAUGAUAUAGCACACUGUGUAAAUUUGAGGGAUUUGGGGGACAUUUUACGUGGGUCUUGGUGAAAAUAAUAAUUAUAUUUUCUUUAUAUUAUAUAAUUAUAAUAAAACUACCAAGUGAAAGAUAAUAAAUGCUAAAUUUGUAUAAAACUUACAAAUAAAAUGUUUUUAAAUUUUUU